AUGGGUCAGAAUACAAGUCUCUUACCAAAGUAUGGAACUGUCAAUGCUACGACUAGAGUUGAAACCACUAAAAUUGUCCUGAUGAGCGUUGAUACACUGCGUGUUCUAAGAGCUGAAGGCAAGAAUUCCUCUAGACCAAAUGCUAUUGGGGUGAUUGUCAAGGCAUACUUUGUCACUGGGGCUACAACCUAG